AUUCAGCUCGCCGCUCCGCUGGGACCCGCACAGCGCCAGUAGCUCGGGGGUCGGCUCUCGCCUCCUCCCCGGCCCGGGCCUAGAGCCACCCCCAACCAGAGGCCGGAGACAGCUGGAGCCGCUGCCGCAUCCCGGCCCAGCCUCCCCUACCAUCCCUCCCACUUCCACUGGACAUCUGGACCCUGGGCCCCCGCACCGACAGGGUUCCGGAAACCCUCCCCGCCCAGCCCGGCGGCCGGGCCCUGCGCCUCCCUCUCUCUAGAGACCCCCAGCCCGCCUCAAGACUAGACUUCCGCCUACCCCUGGACACCUCCACCCGGUCCCCUCCCUCCCCCACUCCCACAGCCUGGACCGGGGUAGGAGGGAGGGGGGGUGUGCGCCCAGCGCCGUCCCCGCCCCGCCCCCCGUGAGUCCCCCUGCAUGGCCGGCCCGGGUGGGGGACGCGGGGGGGCCCGGGCGCCAUGCGGGGGGGGCACAAAGGGGGUCGCUGUGCCUGUCCCCGUGUGAUCCGAAAAGUGCUGGCAAAAUGCGGCUGCUGCUUCGCCCGGGGGGGACGUGGGGUGCCCUGGUGAAAUUUUCUAUCCUGGGGGCAGCUCAAAUGAGGAUGGCAAGAGAGUGAGCCCUUGGAGAGAGAGGCUGAGCAUCAUGGAGAGAAGACCCUGGGAGUUCCCUGGGGACCCUGAGUCUGGAGCUGGGGCAAGGCCCCCCAGGGCCCGUCAGUGGCCUGAGGAGAUGGUUGGAUCAUUCCAAACACUGUCUCAGUGUGGAAACUGAGGCAGACAGUCGUCAGGCGGGACUAUAUGAGAACUGGAUGUUGGAGCCAGCUCUAGCCACAGGAGAGGAGCUGCCGGAACUGACCUUGCUGACCACAUUGUUGGACAGCCCUGGAGAUAAGACGCAGCCACCUGAAGAGGAGGCUUUGUCCCAAGCCCCUGAGAGUGAGGCGGAACAGAAGAAGAAGGCUCUGGAAAGGAGUAUGUACGUCCUGAGUGAACUGGUAGAAACAGAGAAAAUGUACGUGGAUGACUUGGGGCAGAUUGUGGAGGGUUACAUGGCCACCAUGGCUGCUCAGGGGGUCCCCGAAAGUCUUCGAGGCCGUGACAGGAUUGUGUUUGGGAACAUCCAGCAAAUCUAUGAGUGGCACCGAGACUAUUUCUUGCAAGAGCUACAGCGGUGUUUGAAAGAUCCUGAUUGGCUGGCUCAGCUAUUCAUCAAACACGAGCGCCGGCUGCAUAUGUAUGUGGUGUACUGUCAGAAUAAGCCCAAGUCAGAGCAUGUGGUGUCAGAGUUUGGGGACAGCUACUUUGAGGAGCUCCGGCAGCAGCUGGGGCACCGCCUGCAGCUGAACGACCUCCUCAUCAAACCUGUGCAGCGGAUCAUGAAAUACCAGCUGCUGCUCAAGGAUUUUCUCAAGUAUUACAAUAGAGCUGGGAUGGAUACUGCGGAGCUAGAGCAAGCUGUGGAGGUCAUGUGCUUUGUGCCCAAGCGCUGCAACGAUAUGAUGACGCUGGGGAGAUUGCGGGGAUUUGAGGGCAAACUGACUGCUCAGGGGAAGCUCUUGGGCCAGGACACUUUCUGGGUCAUCGAGCCUGAGGCUGGGGGGCUGCUGUCUUCUCGAGGUCGAGAGAGGCGCGUGUUCCUCUUUGAGCAAAUCAUCAUCUUCAGUGAAGCCCUGGGAGGAGGAGUGAGAGGUGGAACACAGCCUGGAUAUGUAUACAAGAGCAGCAUUAAGGUGAGCUGCCUGGGACUGGAGGGGAACCUCCAAGGUGACCCUUGCCGCUUUGCACUGACCUCCAGAGGGCCAGAGGGUGGGAUCCAGCGCUAUGUCCUGCAGGCUGCAGACCCUGCUAUCAGUCAGGCCUGGAUCAAGCAUGUGGCUCAGAUCUUGGAAAGCCAACGGGACUUCCUCAACGCAUUGCAGUCACCCAUUGAGUACCAGAGACGGGAGAGCCAGACCAACAGCCUGGGGCGGCCAGGAGGCCCUGGAGUGGGGAGCCCUGGGAGAAUUCGGCUUGGAGAUCAGGCCCAGGGCAGCACUCACACACCCAUCAAUGGCUCUCUCCCCUCCCUGCUGCUGUCACCCAAAGGGGAGGUAGCCAGAGCCCCCUUGCCCCUGGAUAAACAGGCCCUCAGUGACAUCCCUCAGGCUCCCCAUGACUCUCCUCCAGUCUCUCCAACUCCAAACACCCCUCCCUGCCAAGCCAGACUUGCCAAGCUGGAUGAAGAUGAGCUGUAACUGGUGAAAACCAUGGGGGUGGUGCUGACUCAGCUGCCUAUUCCCCAAGAAGCUUCAGGGCAGUCCUUCUGGCACUGCUCCAGAAUUCUUCCUUCUUGGUGUGUCUGGAGGAAGGGUGGGCAAGGCUGGGAGGGAUAUCAACUUGGAGGAGAGCACCUAGACCCAAGGACUUUUUUCUGCCCAAGGAACACAGUUUCCUUCAGCUCCCACCCCUAUGCAUGCAUCAUGGUUCCCCCAAAAGGAGGACAUGUGGGUGGGUGGGAGGGCUGGGGCAAGGGCCAGAUAGAAAUUAUUGGUUUCGUUUUUUAAUUUUGUUUUUCCUGUUUUCUGAGAAUAAAGGUUUUGUUAUAUCAC